AUCCGGGCCGGGUCUAUGCAGGUUAUUAUAUCAGUUUUCCUCUGCGACUCCACGCUUCCACCUCUUUCUGUACAAUCUUGACGCACACGUAUGUAUAAUCUAUAUAAAAUAUUGCUUCUGACGAUGAAGCUCCGAAAACGAUUAGUAAUUAAAUAAUUUUUAUGGGAUACUAUUAGACUGGUGAUCAAAGUUUCUUCAGAUCGAUUUUUCUUUUUGGAUUUUUGAAUUUUUGUUGAAGAGAAGUGAUAUCAUAUUGGUAUGGCUUCUACAGUUCCGGCGAAGUCUCAGUUGCAUGGUUUCUCGUUGACGCAAUUGACAUAUAAGAAGGACAAACACCCUGACAACCACCAUCUCCGCCGCUCCACAACCGCCAAAUUGCCAUCACGGAAGAGCCAUCCCUCCUCCGUUUCUCCUCUCCGUGAAUCAAUGAUCAAUUCGCCAUUACGGGAUUCGGUUUUAGUUCCGCCGCCGCCACCUCGACAAUCUUUUUUACACGGUUCUGCGCAAACUCCUAUUCAUGUUAAAUCGUCAAUGCGCGGUGAAUCGUCUAAACGAUUUGGGAUCACUGAUUUGGCGAAACAAUCGCCGAAUAGAGGUGACAUACUGAAGUCUCCUGUACGCGGUGACUCGAUGAAACAGUUCGCGCUCCGGGGUGACUCGGUGAAGCAGUCUCCUAAUCGCGGUGACACAGUAACGCAGUUUUCGAAGCAUGAUAUAGCUUCAGAAUCCGGGCCUCCAAUGAAGAGUAAUGGUGCUUUGAUCGAGUAUCGGAGGAAUGAUUCGAGGAAUUUGGCAUCUCAGAGCACAAAAAAUGGAAUUUAUUCACGGAAUUCUGAUUGGGUUGUAGAGAAAUCAAAGAAAAAAUUACGGGCAACAGAAGCUGAUGAGGCUGGGAAUAAACAGAAGAGAUCUAAAAUUUUGAUAAAAAUCCCCUACAUGAAUAAACCAGAGGAAAAUCCCCAAGUGGAGGCCCACAGACUCCUUAACGAUGACCAGGAUGCUCAUGAAGACGGGAAAAUAAACAAUGAUGAUGAUGAUGAACCCAAGACUUGGAAUUUGAGACCUCGAAAGCUGACAAGGAAAUCCCUGAAUGUGAAUGGAGUUGCAGGUAAAUAUAAUGGGUCCGGGAUGUACGAUAACAAAGCUCAAUCGCCAUCUAGGAAUUUCAAUAAUAGAUCACGAGAGAGUGAAUUACUUGGUGGUAGUACUGCAGAAAAGAAGGAGAAGAGGAAAAUGAAAUUUUCGAUUGAGCUAUUAAAAGAGGAUAUUGAGGAGGAUAUUUUCGUCAUGACUGGAUCAAAGCCUGCAAGGAGGCCUAAGAAGAGAGCGAAAACAAUUCAGAAACAACUUGAUAAUCUGUUCCCUGGGUUAUGGUUGUCAUCAAUUACUCCUGAUUCGUACAAGGUCUAUGAAAAUCCUCCAAAGGGUUAGAUGUGAUCAUGGACAAAUGAUUUUGGAAUUUUUAAGGUGCUUGACUUCCAAAUUAUGUGAUGGCAUUUGAAGGUAGAAUCUGACAUAAUUUGUAAAGGUGAAAGGAAGAAUAAGUACUUUUUGGGUUCAUGUUCCCUUCUCUUUCCAUUUUUUUUUUCAUGCUUUUGACAAAGAAGGAAUAAUAGAAUUUUUGUUUUGAUUUAUAAGUAGCUCAUUUAAAUAUGGAUUUUCCUAAUUUUAGGAGUUUCAAUUUCGCAUGUAGACUGCAGUACUUUCUUUUCCCAUUGAAGGUUUUUUUUACUUGUUUCCUUGUGUUUGGAAGAUCAAGAAUGUUUUUCUGGGAUUCCAAAUAUCUGGGACACAGUUUAGUUGAUUAUAAAGCUCUCGAUUCGCAGUUUUGAGAAA